AUGGUAGAGAUAGAAGAUGUGGCAGAAUCUAGCCAUAUGCGACCAAACCACAUUGAUGACCGCAGGGCGGGGAUGGUGUUCACCACUGCCACAGUGGAAACCGUAAGAUUCUUUGUUCCAGUUUUGAUGUCAAACCUAGCUCUUUCAAAUUAUUACAUGUUCGAGUGUCGUCUGUGUGUCUCUAGCCUCAAAACCCACGUCUGUAUAAGGUCAAAAUGCUUAAGGGUAUCAGUAGUCACCCAAGGCAAAGUUCUGUUUUUGAGGUUUCAGCUUUGCUGGGAUAUUGGUGCUCAAAAUGUGAGCUCUGAAAGGCCACUUAGGCAAUUCGUUACAGGUAAAGACAAGUCAGCAGGUAGAAAUUCAAAGGGUCGUAUCACAAUUUUCCACAGAGGGGGAGGGGCAAAACGGUCACAAAGAACAAUUGACCUAAAACGCAACACUUCAUCAGUAGGUGUAGUUGAACGAAUCGAAUACGACCCAAAUCGCACUUCACGGGUCGCAGUGGUCAGAUGGGUCGAAGGGGCAGCCGUUGACCGCCCGAAAAAAAUCAACUCCCUCCAAAAAAACUUCACCCCACCCCCAAGAUCCUACCCUCCAUCUCCAUCAAAGGAUGUUUUCUUGUCUGCUUUUUCAUCUUCAAAUGGGAAAAAAAGACAUGAUACUCCUUAUUCGUUUGUGAACGUGUUGGGUGUUCCAAGAAUGGCGGUGGCAGGGGCAAAACCGGAAUUUUUUGUUCCAAGAAUGAAAGAUGAUGUGAAAGAGAAUGAAAGUCUGUUGCUUAAUGAGUCAAAAUCAUAUCCCGCCCAUAACAUUACAUUAUCCCGCCUCCAAAUUGAAAUUUCCCCUAAUAUACCAAAAGAAUCGCUUUUGCCAAAACCGGAAAACCUAAGUUCGUUGUUCCUCUGUGCCGCUUCGAUUUUUUCACCACUGGCUAAGGCCCCUACCGCCGGAAAGAACUGGUUCUAA